AUGUCAUCAUCUGUGGUUAUGUCCUGCCCCAACAGCAGAAUAGGCAAAGCAGAGGUGGCAGCACACGGAGGCACAGCAAUAGCAGGUGUCGUAUUUGGGAUUGUCUUUCUCAUGGGAGUGGUUGCUGGAAUAGCUAUUUGUAUCUGCAUGUGUAUCAAAAACAGUGGGAGCACACGUGUGGGUGUGAUACAGGCAUCUCACAUCAAUACCGUCAGUCGAUUCACUGUCCCUCCUCCUCCGCCUUACAGUUAUGACUAUGAGAUGGAUUAUCCUGUGGAUCUCCCACCACCUUACACGCCCACACCUCAAGCUUCCCUGCAGUACACCCCACCCCCACCAUAUCCAGGAUGUUCAAGAAAAUAAAUUCUCACUCGACAUCACUAAACACACCGCUGGAAGCCGAUGGAAAUCCAUUGCUCUAAUAAUAAAUGAAAGCAGGCUGUGCCCAAGACAGCAAAAGCAUAAUUGUUCUUCUGAUUUAUUCCAACUUUGUACUUGUCAGUAAUUUCCCCCUCAGCUCUUUCGGCAGUUUUCUUUCCUGCCGUGUUAUCAACCAGAAAAUUUGAAUUUUUUUAAUAAGUUAUUAGCUUUAAUGCUGCAGUUACAGACAUAGUAAUUUAUGAAUCCAGUGAUCUCUCUAUCCAGACUUUGAACUAAAAUAUCCUAGCUACCAUAAGAGAAAGUGACUGUUGAGGAUUGGUAUG